CUCCAUUGAGAUUAAAUCCUAUUUAGCUUAAGAGGUACCUAACGGAGCAAGAUAUUGAGCAAGAUAUUCGUGAUAUCAUUCCAUUCUCUUUUGUUAUAUCCUACUGUCACCCAUUGGCUUCUACUAUUACUUCAAUCUGACUUCGAGACCUUGCCAAGAUUAGCAGAUCGUUUGAAGCACAAUGGCCUCAAAUGGGUAUAACCAUUUUAUCAACUUUCCCAAUCUGACCCGGGUGCCAAUGCGACUCUAACAGCUACCUCUUGAUGCAUACCUACCUAGGCAGUCCUUGAUAUUCUUCGUUGAUACAAUUAGGCUUAUUUUGCAUUGCAACCAAAGCCAGCUGCGGAGCAAGAUACCCCUUUUCUAUGCCAAGAGAGCUAUUUCAUGCCUAACUUAUCCCGGCUGCAACUUGACUUUCGGAUUGGUGCGUUAAUAAAGAUGUAGACAUUGGCACCAACAACAUGUCGUGGAAUCGAUUACUCCGGGGCAAUGUCGCCAAGCUUGUAGGUAACCAAACUGCCCCUGGCACUCCGGUGGAAGGAUAUAUAAUAAUUUCGUGAAUUCGACCAUCCGCUUUUCAGUUGGCCUAUAAAUGGUGGCGUAACCGCACCUAGAGGCACAGCGAGAUGAUAAUCCUGGGUUGCUUCUUCAUCUUUAUAAACACACGAAAUUAUAUCAUGGCUCGAUCUUUUAUCAUCGCGGCGGCGCUCGCAUUUGUCGCUGUUGCUCAGGCGCAGUGCGGCUCUGGCACUCCGGAUGCUACAGUGACCGGUUCUGGCAAUUCCUUCAAGGCCACUAAGGGCUCAAGUGCAGUAUACUCUGGCUCUGACUACCGUGCGGCAAUCCAGGCCGCUGUGGAUUCAAUAAGCAGCGGUCAACGCGUCUCUGUCAUGGCUUCGGGAUCCAUUGGUGCCAAUACUAUCACCAUUAGCAGUGGCAAGAUAUUCGAGGGUUGCGGUACUAUCGACGUUGGAAACCGGGCCGGGCAUGGGGCAAUUGAGUCAUUGGACACCUCUGGUGUUCAAAUUCCGUACCUUACCAUGACCGGUAAUCCGUACUUUGGCUUGCGGUUUUACGGCACCAAGGACCUAGUUCUUGGAAACAUCACGAUGAAUCUUAGCGGUGGUUUGGGCAUCCGUUUCGAUAGAGACGCAGCUGCAAACUCGAAUGUAAAGAUGGAUGUUAUCAAAGUUACCGGUGCUGGUAGUCACGCUGUAGAGACCUGGAACAUUGAUGGUCUUGAAAUCAAUCAAGUUAUCGCAAAAGAUGUUGGCGAGUGCGGAUUAUUGCUCCAGAAGACCACCAAUGCCAACGUUAAACUCGUCGAUGGUGACAACGUCGCCAAAGAUACCGGCUAUGCAACAUUUCGUAUGGCGAAUAAUAAUGGUCAAAAUCCUAACGGUAACUACAACACCAAUGUCCAUGUUGACAAAGUCGUGUCCCGUGGCGGCGGUCGUGGCAUCUUCUGUGUUUCACAAUCCGGAGCAGCCGUCAUCGAGAGCGUCGACCUCUCUAGCAACGGAAACAAUGCUAUCCUCAUUGAGAACUGCUACAACAUUUCAAUCCGUGGGGGCACUGUCAAUGGAGGUGGAGAAGUACGUCUCGCGGCUCGCGACGAGUUUCCCAAUAACCGCGACAUUUGGAUCACCCUGACAGUAAACAACAACUCCGUCCGGGAGUCUCCUUGUGGUGAUAACACCAACUGGACGAUCGACGGUAAUGCCAGCAAGAAUAUUUGUUAAGCACGCAAAUGUUUCAUGGGAAUAGGCAAUAAAAUAUGUUUCAGGGAUUCUAUUAAACUAACUUGUAUAUAUUCAAUGCGUAUAAAAAGAAAAAGGAAAGAGGAGAGACUAUAACGUGAUUAUAUUAUUGAAUAUCUUGAACUUACUGUAGUGAAUGAGGG